AUGAUUUCACCUCGGCUCAGCAAUCAGUUCAGAGUAGAAGCCAUUUGAGAGAUAUACAAGAUCAAAUACAUUGUUAUCUCCGGUAUCUAGAAAUGGCUUCUACUCAAUUCGCCGUCCUCUCCAUUUUCGCUCUUCUGCUUCCAUCAAUCGCACUGGCGACGCAGCACAUUGUCGGGGAUGAACAAGGCUGGACGACCAAUUUCGACUACCAGGCCUGGGCUGCAAGCAAAGUCUUCCGGGUCGGCGACUCCCUUUUAUUCAAGUACACGGCUCCAAACCACAACGUCAUCAGAGCGAACCAGACCGAGUUCCAGCAGUGCAUCAAGUCAGAAGCAAACCAGGUCCUGACCACCGGAAGUGACAUCAUCGACCUCAAGAGCCUGGGGAAGAAAUGGUACAUCUGUGGAGUUAAAGACCACUGCAGCAACCUCAAGAUGAAGCUCGCCAUCAAUGUGAUCGAUGCCUGGGCUCCAGCUCCAGCUCCAACCACUCCCGCCCCCCCGCCCCCCACAUCCUCUGCCUUCUCCAUCAAGGCCUCCUCUGUGUCUCAGAUCCUCUCAACCGUGGGUCUUGCUGCUAUUGUGACUCUGGCCGCAUUCUAAUCACUUCCCGUGAAGUCCGGCGUUUGUUUAUCUGUGAUAUGGUUUGCUUUCCAUGCCUUAAAAAUAACGUGACUGCUUUGUUUUCUUUAUUUACAUUUUGCAACUAGUCAUCAGCUUCAUUCACCCCAAAGGCGAUGUGAAAGUCUGAUGUUACUUGGACUUGAAACGUUUUGUUAUAGCCUAUUUAUUGAGAAUUAACAAUAAUCGUGUUCAAUA